GCCAGCUCAACGCAUCCUAUAAAAUUUCUCUCAGAUUUCCUCAACUUCCGCUCAUCGCUCCUUCUGCCAACACACAUUUACAACUAUUCAUCCUCUUUCUCCUUCUCCUCCUUUUUUUUAAAAAAAAAAUAAAUUAAUUAAUAAUACUAUAUAUGCUGUAGGGGAAUUACUUUUUCCGUUUCCCCUUUCUGCCCUUUUUUUUUGCGCCGGUGCUGUUUUUUGUUUUUUUUUUUUUCAAUGGAAGCCAGCCGCCGGCCAUCUAAACCUCCUCGUCCCACCCUUAAGCACCACCACCACCUCAAGCAACCUGCUCCCCUCGAUGACCGUUCUCCAUCUCCUACUCCGAAAGCAUCGGACGCGCUUCCGCUUCCGCUGUACCUGACAAACGCCAUUUUCUUCACCUUGUUCUUCUCGGUGGCGUAUUACCUUCUCCACCGCUGGCGUGACAAGAUCCGCAAUUCUACUCCUCUUCACGUCCUUACUCUCUCUGAAAUCGCCGCCAUUGUCUCCCUCAUCGCAUCCUUCAUUUACCUUCUUGGAUUUUUUGGAAUCGAUUUUGUUCAAUCAUUCAUUACACGCGCUUCUCAUGAGUCGUGGGACCUUGACGGUGCGGAUCCUGACUACCUCAUCAGGGAAGAUCAUCGCCUCGUUACCUGCCCUCCCAUUCCCUCUAAAUUGCCCAUUUCUGAAUCCAUAAUUACACGACUAGCCUCGGAGGAAGACGAAGAGAUCGUCAAAUCCGUAGUGAAUGGAACAAUCCCUUCAUAUUCUUUGGAAUCGAAGCUCGGUGACUGCAAACGAGCGGCUACAAUUCGACGAGAGGCGUUGCAGAGGAUGAUGGGGAGGUCGCUGGAGGGUUUGCCAUUAGAAGGGUUCGAUUACGAGUCGAUUUUAGGGCAGUGCUGCGAAAUGCCGGUGGGGUACGUGCAGAUUCCGGUGGGAAUUGCCGGGCCUUUGUUGUUGGAUGGGCGUGAGUACUCUGUUCCGAUGGCCACCACGGAAGGUUGUUUGGUGGCGAGCACUAACAGAGGAUGCAAGGCGAUCCAUUUGUCAGGUGGGGCCAACAGUGUGUUGUUGAAGGAUGGCAUGACGAGAGCGCCUGUUGUUAGAUUUGGGUCGGCUGCAAGAGCCGCGGAGUUAAAAUUUUUCUUGGAGAAUCCUGAGAAUUUCGAUACCUUGUCCGUUGUUUUUAACAGGUCGAGUAGAUUUGCGAAGCUUCAAGCCAUUCAAUGCGCAAUUGCGGGUAAGAAUCUAUAUAUGAGAUUCAGCUGCAGCACUGGCGACGCAAUGGGGAUGAACAUGGUUUCCAAAGGGGUUCAAAACGUUCUUGAUUUUCUUCAAAAUGAUUUCCCCGAUAUGGAUGUUAUUGGCAUCUCAGGGAAUUUUUGUUCGGACAAGAAACCUGCCGCUGUAAACUGGAUUGAAGGACGUGGCAAAUCAGUUGUUUGUGAGGCAAUUAUCAAGGAAGAGGUGGUGAAAAAGGUGUUGAAAACCAAUGUUGCUUCUCUGGUGGAGCUCAAUGUGCUCAAGAAUCUUACUGGUUCUGCUGUUGCUGGUGCUUUGGGUGGAUUUAACGCCCAUGCAGCCAACAUUGUCUCUGCAAUUUUUAUUGCAACUGGCCAGGAUCCAGCACAGAAUGUCGAGAGUUCUCACUGCAUCACCAUGAUGGAAGCUGUGAAUGAUGGAAAGGAUCUUCACGUCUCUGUCACCAUGCCUUCCAUUGAGGUGGGUACAGUUGGAGGUGGAACUCAACUAGCAUCUCAGUCUGCUUGCCUCAAUUUACUUGGUGUGAAGGGUGCAAGUAAAGAGUCACCAGGGUCAAACUCGAGGCUCCUUGCCACCAUAGUAGCUGGUUCAGUUUUGGCCGGUGAGCUGUCCCUGAUGUCUGCCAUUGCAGCUGGGCAGCUUGUCAAGAGUCACAUGAAGUACAAUAGAUCCAGCAGAGAUGUAUCCAAAGCUGCGUCUUAGUGGGAAGAAAGUGGCCCCAGCAAUGCAAUGAAAAUGAUCUGGAAAUAAAAGUGGAGUAGACUUUUGGAGUUGGGGGAGGGGAAAAGAAUCGAGGCUGAUGGUGCUCAUGUAUGAUUGCUUAGCACUCAGUCACAGCUGUAAAGUUUCUUUUAUAUAAAAAUAUGAAAUGUGGAGAUAGGAAUGAAGCAUAAGUGAUCAUGCUUUGUUUCUGCCUCUUCGGCUCUGCAUCCUUCUCUUCCUCUCCCAUCUGCGGGAGUAUGAUUUUUCAGAGGUUCAAGUGGUUUAAUUUUUCCAUUUUCUUUUUCUUUCUACUGUCGCAUUGUACACCAGAAUGAUACUGCGGAGCGACUAAUUAGAUGACAAAUUCUAUUUUCUAUCCUUGUAGUUAGUCAUUGACGUCAAAAAUUGUGUUUCAUUACUAAUAUAUAAAAAUGACUGGAAUCUUGAUUUUUCAGGAA